AUGUAUAUUAUGCAUUCGCAGGUGAUCAACAGGGACCUGUCCAUAGCAGUCCUGCGCUACUUUGUGAAGCAGCGGCGCGAGGAGAUCGCUGCCGGUGCGAUCCGGCGCAUCCGCAAACCGCGGCCCGUGCUGCCGACAGCUGCCGCGGCAGCUGCCACGCAGCCGCCCGCUAAUGCCGAGCCCGCGCCCGCGGCCGCACCGGAGCAGCCGGCUUUGGCCUCAACCUCUGCAGGUGUAGAGGAAGCAUCGGCGGCGGCUGCGGAGUCUGCACAAGCGCCCUGCACGAGCGGCAGGGUGCCGGCGGCUGACGACGGCGCACUGGAUCCAGACAUCAGGAUCUUGGAAGGCCUGGCGGCUUCUGGGCUCAGGUCCAUCCGCUAUGCAUUGGAGAUUGACGGCGUGAAGCGGAUAGAUGCGAAUGAUCUUGACGAGAAGGCGGCAGCUGCUGUGCGGAGCAACCUUGAGUACAAUGACCCAAAGGCAUCAGGCCUGGUCCGGCCAACCCAGGGAGACGUGCGCUUGAUGGCCUUGCAGAACCCAGAUGGCUAUGAGGCGGUGGACCUCGAUCCGUACGGGUCCCCCGCGCAGUUUCUGGACAGCGCGGUGCAGGCGGUGUCAGAGGGGGGCCUCCUGCUGGUCACCGCCACCGACAUGGCAGUUCUGUGCGGCAAUAACGGGGAGGCGUGCUGGGCCAAGUAUGGGAGCUACCCGCUGCACAAGCCGUACUGCCACGAGCAGGCGCUGCGCAUUGUGCUCGCAUGCAUCGAGGCCCAUGCCAAUCGCUACAAGCGUCAUAUUGUGCCGGUGCUUUCGCUGAGCAUCGACUUCUACGUCCGCAUAUUUGUGCGAGUUUACACGAGCCCAGAGAAGGUGAAGGAGUCGGCCAUGAAGCAGAUGUAUGUGUACCAGAGCUCCGGCUGCGACUCGUUCUACACCCAACGCGUGGCCCGCAAGCAUGUGAACAAGCGGAGCACCAAGUACAGCCCGGGGACGGGGCCGGCGGUGCCUCAAAGCUGCCCAGAAACGGGCAGCGGCUUCCAGAUGGGCGGCCCGAUGUGGGCAGGCCCCAUCCACGACCCUGCCUGGAUCCAGGGCCUUCUGGACUCCAUCGAGGAGGACAAGGAGCGGUACGCGGCGUUUGGAAAGAUCAAGGGCCUGCUGACGUCAGCGAGCGAGGAGCUGCAGGAUGCGCCGCUAUACUACAACCUGCACGCCGUCUGCAAGACACUGCACGUCACUCCGCCCUCCGGCGACACUGUCCGGUCGGCCCUCAUCAACGCAGGGUACCGGGUGUCAGGCACGCACGCCAACCCGCUCGGCCUGAAGACAGACGCGCCGCCCGAGGUGUUCUGGGAUGUGAUGCGCUGUUGGGUGCAAGAGCAUCCCACCAAGAAGGCCCCAGACCUGGAGACGUACGCCGGCAAGCUGCUCGCCAAGCCGCCGCAGCUCAAAGCCAGCUUUGCUCGCGCGCGGGGCGCCACCAGCGCUGCAAAAACCGCCAAGGUUGCGCGCUUUGUCCCAAACCCUGAGGCCUUCUGGGGACCGAAGCCGAAGGCAGGACGACCACAAAGGGUCAUGCAGGUCAUGGGGGGGCAGAAGGAGGAGGCGACUGCCCGGGCAGCAACUUCUGCAGAAGCAGGAGCAGCAGACAAUGCUGCUGGUGAUGCAGAUGCAGCAGAGGAGCCAUUGCCAGCUGUGCAGAACGGAGUGAAUGGCGCCGCAGUCAACAAAGACGAUAAGCAUGUUGAUGUUGUCAUGGCUGGAGCAGACGAGGCUCCCAGAACUUCUUAAUAUCGUUGCAUCAGCGGUUUUGCCUUUGGCUUCGAGACUGUCAAUUUCAAAACCAGAUCUCCCUGGUGACAGGGAGGUUGUUGAUGACAUGGCUUGGAGGUUUCUGAUAUUGCAAUGCAAUUGCAAAGCUGUCUCUGCACCAUCACUAGUGCUUAUUGAAUGUUCAACAAGCAUGUUACAAUAUGUGCAAUC